CGCGGGGCCGGGCGGGGCGGGGCCGCGGCGCCCGAGCUUCGGCGGGGGCUGCCGGGAUCCCGGCGCCGCGCUCUCGCUCGCCGCCGCCGUGCUGCUGUGUGCGGUCCGGCUCACCUCCUCGGGGCAUGUCCGCGCUGCUCUCGCCGCACGCCCGGGGCUCCUAGCUUCUCCGGCGCUUGCUACGCUUGCGGCCCCUCACCUGGCCCCGGCGCCCUGCUCGGGUUGUGCGCGCGGACCGCCGCCGUCAUGGGGCUGCAGCCCCUGGAGUUCAGCGACUGCUACCUCGACAGCCCGUGGUUCCGGGAGAGGAUCCGUGCCCACGAAGCGGAGCUGGAGAGGACCAACAAGUUCAUCAAAGAGCUCAUCAAGGACGGCAAGAACCUCAUCGCCGCGACCAAAAGUCUCUCGGCAGCCCAGCGGAAGUUUGCGCACUCCCUAAGAGACUUCAAAUUUGAGUUUAUCGGUGAUGCAGAGACUGACGAUGAACGCUGCAUAGAUGCUUCCUUGCGUGAAUUUUCUAAUUUUUUGAAGAAUCUGGAAGAGCAGAGGGAGAUCAUGGCAUUAAGUGUCACCGAAACCCUGAUUAAACCCUUGGAAAAAUUCAGAAAAGAGCAACUCGGAGCUGUCAAGGAAGAAAAAAAGAAGUUUGACAAAGAGACUGAAAGGAACUAUAGCCUAAUUGAUAAACAUUUGAAUUUAUCAGCAAAAAAGAAAGACUCACAUUUACAAGAGGCAGAUAUCCAAGUGGAACAGAACCGGCAACACUUUUAUGAACUGUCUCUUGAAUAUGUGUGUAAGCUUCAGGAAAUCCAAGAAAGGAAGAAGUUUGAGUUUGUGGAACCCAUGCUGUCAUUUUUUCAGGGAAUGUUUACUUUCUAUCAUCAGGGCCAUGAACUUGCCAAAGACUUCAAUCACUACAAAAUGGAACUACAGAUCAACAUUCAGAACACACGGAAUCGUUUUGAAGGAACAAGGUCAGAAGUGGAAGAACUUAUGAACAAGAUUAGACAGAAUCCCAAGGACCACAAACGAGCAAGUCAAUUCACGGCAGAAGGCUACCUGUAUGUGCAGGAAAAAAGGCCUCCUCCAUUCGGUUCCAGCUGGGUCAAACACUACUGCAUGUAUCGAAAAGCGGCCAAGAAGUUCACCAUGAUCCCGUUUGAGCACAGAUCCGGGGGGAAACUUGGGGAUGGAGAGAUCUUCUUUUUGAAAGAAUGUACCAGGAGACAUACUGACUCCAUUGACAGAAGGUUUUGCUUUGACGUGGAAGCUGCUGACCGGCCUGGUGUUUCCUUGACCAUGCAGGCGUUUUCGGAAGAAGAGAGGAAGCAGUGGUUGGAAGUUCUGGGUGGAAAAGAAGCUCUCUUCCCUGGUUUUAAUAGAGCCAUCAUCCCAAGACCAGAAGGAGGCGCACAGUUGGAUAAGAUGGGAUUCACAAUUCUUAGAAAAUGCAUCCGUGCAGUUGAAACACGAGGUAUAAACGACCAAGGAUUGUAUAGAGUUGUGGGGGUGAGUUCAAAGGUCCAGAGACUUCUGAGUAUGUUGAUGGAUGUGAAGACCUGCAACGAGGUAGACCUGGAGAAUUCUGUCGAUUGGGAAGUGAAGACAAUAACAAGUGCCCUGAAACAGUAUUUGAGGAGUCUUCCAGAGCCGCUGAUGACCUAUGAGUUACAUGGAGAUUUCAUUGUUCCAGCCAAGAGCGGCAGCCCGGAAUCUCGUGUUAAUGCCAUCCAUUUCUUGGUACACAAACUGCCAGAAAAAAAUAAAGAAAUGUUGGAUAUUUUGGUGAAACACUUAACUAAUGUUUCAAAUCACUCCAAGCAGAACCUCAUGACCGUGGCAAAUUUAGGAGUGGUGUUUGGACCAACUCUCAUGAGGCCGCAGGAAGAGACUGUUGCUGCCCUCAUGGACUUGAAGUUUCAGAACAUCGUUGUGGAAAUUUUAAUUGAAAACCAUGAAAAGAUUUUUAGGACCCCGCCUGAUGCCACAUUGCCUGAGCCAGGCCCCCUGUCAGCACCCCCAAAUGCUCCGCCGAGACAAUCAAAGAGGCAGGGCCAGAGGACUAAGAGACCCGUGGCCGUAUAUAAUCUCUGUCUUGAACUGGAAGAUGGUGACCGUCCCAGUCUUCCUAAGGAGGACACCCCUCCCAGCAGCCUGGACUCGCUUUCCUCUCCGUCUCCCACAACUGCCACUGCCCUUGGGCCCCCUGGACCAGACCGGAACCACCUGCUUACAGAUGGGGGCAGCUUUGGGGACUGGGCACCCACUGCUGCAAACCUCAAGGGAACCUGGCUGGCUGGAGGGGACUUUGAAUGGCAAGAGGGGGCUGAUUCCACAGAAUUACGUCAAGCUGCUGUAGUGCUCGGCUGCAGACCCUGGCCCCAGAGCACCUUCCUGGGAGCAGCGAGCCCCGUCCACCUCCCGGCCGGAGUCCACGGCCACCUGGACACUCCAGGGUGGGGAGCGGGGACAGACGGCUUGAGGCAGGGGGAGAACCGCGUUGGGAGGUGUGGAUCCGAGCAGCGGGAGAAGGCUGUCCAGAUGGACAGGAGAGACUCUGCAUCUGGCACGCCUUGGGACUUGUGGUUUUAAAUUAUCUGGUCUCCAGGGCAAGGGGGAGGGCGACCUUCUGCUGGCCCACCUGCCCCACUGGUGGCCCCCUCACAGGACACCUCCCCUCACACCUGAAAGGGAGCCGUGCUGCGAGAUGUGCCCCUAAUGCUGGUGUCAUUGAGGGAUUGCAGCAGGCCGGCGCAGGCUGCGUUGGUCUGCACCCAGGGCAGCAGACCGAGGCUUCUGCCCGGACGGCUGGCCACCCUCCCUGGGGACCCACGCUCACUGACUUAGGGUGCCUGCGGACUCACGACAAGCUUCUCUGUGCUGCUCACCGGCGUGCUGUUUCCCCGACAUCCCCUGUCCGCCCCGAGUUUCCUGUAUAUGAAAUAAAAUCUAAUUUACUAUGGGA